AUGUCUUGGUGCCGGCUGGAGAAAGAUCAGAUUGCUCCCUCCCAGGUGGAGGGAGAUGUUGCUAAUGAAAAUGUUAGGGUCGGCGGUGGUCAGCAGAAAGAGGAAAAUAAGAUUGUUGGAGAAGCGGGGAAUGUAGCUAUUAACAAGAUAUUAAGAGGGCAAGGGAAUUGGCAGGAUACCCAGCAAGGGAAGGGCAAGACUGCUGAUCAGAAGAAGAGAGAUAGAUGGAUCGAAAAGUGGUUGUUGACAAGUUUUCUGGUUGCUGUCGUGGAUUUGGAUUUGAAGAUUUUGAUUAGAAGCAAUUCAGUGGAAGAGGCUAUAGAGGCUAAGAAUGGGAUGGACUUGGAUGGGAGAAACAUCAUUGUGGAAACGACAGGGAGUGUCCUAGCUUUAAUAGAAGCCAGUGGAGACGAGACUGAUCGGCUGGCUCUGCUGGAAUUCAAGGCUCGAAUAGUUGAUCCUGGUGGUGUUUUGAGCUCAUGGAAUGACACUAGCCAUGUCUGCGGCUGGUAUGGUGUCACUUGUGGUCGUAGACACCGUAGAGUCACUGUAUUGGACCUCAACUCCUCGAAACUGAUUGGGAUCGUGCCACCCCAUAUUGGUAACCUAAGCUUUCUUAGGAAAGUCUAUCUGAAAAACAACAGCUUUCACUCCGAAAUUCCCCCGCAAUUUGGCCGCUUGUUUCGGUUGCAGAAGGUGUCCCUCAAUAACAACUCAUUCAGCGGACAAAUCCCUUCAAAUCUCUCCCAUUGCUUUAACUUGCUCUUUCUUAACUUAGGCUACAACAUGCUAGAAGGAAAUUUGCCUGCGGAGCUCGGCUCCUUGUCCAAGCUCCAAAUACUCGUACUUGAAGUCAACAGCUUGACAGGAAACAUUCCGCUGACAUUUGGGAAUUUAUCCUCUCUUCAAAUCUUCGGGACAGCGAGGAAUAACCUCGUCGGUACGAUCCCAGAGACUCUCGGUCGGCUGAGAAAUCUAACUACCCUUUCUCUUAGCUUGAAUAAAUUUGUCGGUACGAUUCCCAUCUCAAUCUUCAAUAUAUCCACCUUAAAAACCUUUUGGGCGGGUAUGAACCAAUUAGAGGGGAGCUUACCCAGCGGCUUAGGCUUCACUCUUCCGAAUCUCGAGGUAAUUGGCUUGAGUGACAACCACCUUGGCGGACCCAUUCCUGAGUCAAUAUCCAACGCCUCUAAUCUUGCUAAAAUUCAAAUCGGAACAAACAACUUUAUUGGGAAAGUUCCUUCUUUCUCAAAGAUGAGAGGACUCUCUUGGCUUGAAAUUGGGGUAAACAACUUAGGAAGUUGGCAACUUGCUGAUUUGGAUUUCCUCUGCUCUUUAACCAAUUCCACAGUAUUGUAUACGUUGGGCGCAGGGGACAAUGCUUUUGGAGGACCUAUCCCCGACUGUAUCGGUAACCUCUCUAUCACUCUUUGGCGCUUUGUUUUAUGUGCCAAUCAUAUUUAUGGAACCUUACCUUCUGGAAUCGGAAAUCUCAUCAAUUUAGAGAUUCUAGCAAUGUGGAGCAAUAACAUCUCAGGAAACAUUCCUUCCGAGAUUGGAAAUCUGACCAAAAUGAAGAGAAUGGAUCUCAGCCAAAAUAAUUUCUCGGGACAGAUACCAGAACUUAUCGGGAAUUUAAGGAUGUUAACUGAAUUGGUCUUGUAUGGAAAUAGUCUUCGAGGCUCGAUACCAUCGUCUCUAGGAAACUGCCAGAAUCUACUUCUCUUGGACCUUUCGACCAAUGACCUCAGUGGUAACAUACCACUGAAAAUUGUGGGCCUCUCGUCUUUGUCAAUUUAUCUCAACUUGUCACGAAAUGGUCUGACUGGUUCCCUUCCAAGAGAAGUUGGAAACUUGAAAAAUCUCGGCGAACUACGUCUUGAUGGGAACAAAUUAUCUCAACAUAUACCAAGCAGUAUCGGUAGUUGUUUAUCCAUGGAACGCCUAUACUUACAUGAUAACUUUUUUGAAGGGCCCUUACCAUCAACUAUGGGUUCCAUGAGAGGCCUUCAGGUUUUGAAUGUUUCCAACAACCGAUUGUCCGGCCAUAUCCCGGAGUUUCUAGGGUAUCUGAAUCUGAAGAAUUUGAGCCUAUCUUACAACGAUUUUGAGGGUGCAUUACCUACAAGAGGAGUUUUCAGAAAUAUCAUUUCAACUUCGGUUGUUGGAAACGAGAAACUUUGCGGGGGUAUGCCAGAUUUUCAACUACCAAAAUGUGACUACAAAGAGUCAAAAAGAACGAGAAUAAGUGGAACUGUGGAUUCUCCUCCACCAAUCUGCUUGGCAAGGGCAGUUUUGGAUCAGUGUAUAGAGGGCUUCUUGAUCAGACUCAGUCGAUCGUGGCCAUCAAGAUUCUCGACCUUACAUGUCAUGGAGCCUCCAAAAGCUUCUUAG